UCCCAGGCCCUCAGCGAACGGCAUCUGCUGCGAUCGGCUGUAUUAGCCUGGCUGGCACACAACAGUUAACGACCAGGCCUGGCUGAGUGCCCGGCUAAGCCCGUGCCCGAGAGCCAGCCAGCCCCUUUCGUUAUCUCAGUUGCUGGGAGAAUCGGACAGGAAGAGACCCGUGAAGUACCGAAGACAAAAGCUACUAGGAUUGCUGCGGGGGGGAGGGCAGGGGGGUGUCUUCCGGGUGGCACUGAGCCCAGGAAACUUUCUUCUCCAGCUUACUUCUCCAGAGGGUUCUACAUUGGCCCUUCCACCUCCAGCAAGAGCAAAAGGGAGGCGGGCGCUGCAGAGGGCCUCUGUCCUGCCGGGGCAGCUCAGUCCUGCCCAGCCGUCUGUGGUCACGCACAAGCGUGGAGAAAGACAGAACAACCGCCACGGCUGUUGUGAUGCGACUCUGAUGUGACGACUGUUUACUGAGCACCUACUAUGCGCCAGGCACGCCAACCUUGGCUGGCAAGAUCCUUGUGUUCGUGGAACUCAUGUUCUUUCAGUAGAGGCAAAUAGUCAACAAGUAGAAGCAUACCCGCUGGUGACCGCGUGGCUGAAGCCCGUUACGUAAACCCCCCGGGAAGAUGAUGGAGGAGCCAGCCUUCCGGCCGGGCGCACGGAUGCCAAGUUGUCGCUUGUUCUCUCUGCUUCCAGCGACAUGGACGCGGAGAGGGAAGCUCUGCAGGGCACCGCUUACCCCGAAGUGCAGACCUUCUGCCAGAAGCACGGCUUGAUGUUCGAGGUCGUUGAUCUGAGGUGGGGUGUUCCGAACGCUGAGGCCACCAACUACCUGACCACGGAACUCUGCUUGGAGGAGGUCGACCGCUGUCAGAAAACAUCCGUAGGACCCGCUUUUGUUGCCCUCCUGGGGGACCUGUACGGCCCCUGCCCGCCCCCCGCGCUGAUCGAGGAGAAGGAGUGGGAGGCGCUGAGGGCGCAGCUGGCCGCCAGGCCGAAGGACCUGGAGCUGGUGGCCCGGCGCUUCCGGAGGGACGAGAACGCCGUCCCCCCGACCUACGUCCUGCAGGCGCCACGUGCCGGGGAGGCCUGCGGGCCCGAGGAGGCCACCCUGACCUCCGUCCUGCACUCCGGAGCCCAGGAGGCCUGGAGGCUGGGCCUCAUCUCGCAGGAGCAGUGGCACCGCUACCACCGGUCAGUCAUCGAGUGGGAGAUAGAGCGGGGCGUGCUGAGCUCAGAGAGCGCGGACCGGGGAGCCACCGUCUUCCUUCGGGAAAUCCAGGACCUCAACAAACACAUCCUGGAAGACUGCGCCCUCAGGGCGGUGGACCGGCUCGCGGACGGCUGCCUGGACGCCGAGGCCCAGAGCCUUCUGGGCGGCCUCAAGGGGCGCGUAGCCGGCGCCCGGCCGGGGGUCCUCAAGCUCCACCAGCUCCCGUGGAGCCGCGACCUGGUGAGCCCCAGGAACAAGGCCCAUGCGCGCUACCUGAGGGAGCUGAGCGAGCAGUUCGUGGCCAGGGCCAACCACCAGGUCCUGGAGCACCUGCGCGAGCUGGAGGUGGCCGGGCAGGAGCUGGGGUGGCUCUACCAGGAGAUCCGCCACCACCUCUGGCAGAGUGCCGAGGCCACCCGGGCCUUCUGCGGCCGCCAGGAGCUCCUGGCCCGGCUCGGGCAGCGGCUCAGGCAGGACGACGGCAGGCCCCACGCCCCACUGGUGCUCUCGGGGCCUGCGGGCGUCGGGAAGACGGCCUUGCUGUGCAAGCUGGCCGGGCAGGUGCCGGGGCUGCUCGGCCACAAGGCGGUGACCGUCCUGCGGCUGCUGGGGACGUCACAGAUGAGCUCGGACCCCCGCAGCCUUCUUAAGGGCAUCUGCUUCCAGGUGUGCCUGGCCUACGGGCUGCCCCUGCCCCCCGCCCAGGUCCUGGCCGCGCACUCCAGGGUGGUCCAGUUCUUCCACGUCCUCCUCCGCACGGUCUCCUGCAGAAACUUCGAGUCCCUGGUGCUCCUGCUGGAUUCCCUGGACGACCUGGACUGGGCCCCCCACGCCAGGAGGGUCCCCUGGCUGCCCCUCACGUGCCCCCCGAAAGUGCACCUGGUCCUCUCGGCUUGCUCGGGGCCCGGGGGGGCUGUGAGCGCCGUGCGGCAGGUGCUGGCGGACCCGGGGGCUCGCUGGGAGGUGACGCCCCUCUCGGGAAACCUGGGGCAGGAGAUGGUCCAGCUCCUGCUGGUGGCCGCCAGGAGGGCGCUGACCCCGGUGCAGAGGGACCUGCUCUGGGCCAGCCUCCCGGAGUGCGGGCACCCGGGCCGGCUGAGGCUGGCCUUCGAGGAGGCCCGCCAGUGGGCCUCCUUUUCCGUGCCGGCCCCUUUAGCCACCACGGCCGAGGAAGCGACACACCAGCUCUGCGCCCGCCUGGAGCAGACACACGGGCAGCUGCUCGUGGGCCGCGUGCUCGGCUACAUCGUGUCUUCCCGGUGCGGGCUCUCAGAGGCGGAGCUGAAGGACGUCCUGUCCUUGGACGACGAGGUCCUGCAGGCCGCCUACCGGGACUGGACCCCGCCCAGCAAGGAGCUGCUGCGGUUCCCGCCCCUGCUGUGGGUGCGGCUCCGUCGCGACCUGGGCUACUGCUUGGCCCGGCGGCCCGCAGACGGCUUCACGCUCCUGGCCAUCGGCCACAGACAGCUGGCCGAGGUGGUCCGCGAGCGCUACCUGCCGGGGCCCGAGAGAGCCAAGAGGCACAGCGUCUUGGCCGACUUUUUCUCGGGCGCCUGGAGCCAAGGCACCAAGAAACUCAUCACCCUGCCGCUCGUGGGGAAGCCCCUGAACUUGGACCGCAAGGUGGCCCCUCAGCCCCUGUGGUUCUCGGACACGGUGGCCAACGUGCGCAAGCUGAAGGAGCUGCCCCACCACCUGCUCCGCUCGGGCCGCCUGGAGGAGCUGAAGCGGGAGGUGCUGGGCAACAUGAGCUGGAUUUCUUGCCGGGCCAUCUCCGGGGACAUUGAGGACCUGCUGGACGAUUUCGACCGGUGUGCCCCUUACCUGGACUGUCCUGAGGUCCGCCUGGUCCGCGAAGCCCUCCAGCUCUGCCGCCCGGCCGUGGAGCUCCGAGGCAUGGAGCGGAGCCUCCUCUACACGGAACUCCUGGCCAGACUCUGCUUCUUCGCCGCCUCGCACAGAGCGCUGGUGGGGCCGCUGUGCCAGCAGGCCCAGAGCUGGUUCCGGGUGUGCCCACACCCCGUGCUGGUGCCCCUGGCGGGCUUCCUCCAGCCCCCGGGGGGGCCCCUCCGGGCGACCCUCACCGGCUGUCACAAAGGCAUCACUGCCAUGGCGUGGGGCGUGGAGGAGAUGCUGCUGGUGGUUGGCACCCAGGACGGCAUCGUGGCUGUGUGGGACAUGGAAGACCAGCAGGUGACGCACAUUCUAACCGGACACACAGGAGAGGUGAGGUGUGUGGAAGUGUUUGCCAAGGGGACCCGGGCCAUCUCUGCUUCGAAGGACCGCACGCUGCGCUGGUGGGAUUUAUUCUCUGGCCAGGAGAAAUUCACCAUUUGGGAUGAUGGCGCCAACACUCCCGCGGAGCCUCGGAGCUGGAGCCUUCGUGUAGAUGAAGCAAACAAGGUUGUCUACUCGGCGUCUGGCUCAAAGAUCCAUGCUUGGAAUCUAGAAACUGCAGAACUGGUUUUCCGAAUCCCGGGAGACGCCUCUGAUCCCUGGGUGUGCACGGCCGUGCUGGCCCCGCAGGCCAGGCUGAUGGCAGUGUCGGAGCGCGGCGUGGCCAGCGCGUGGAGCUCCGCCACGGGAAAACUGCAGGGCACGCGGCGCCUGUCCAGCGUCGAAGGAGAAACCCCUGCCUGUGCGGUCUCAGUGCAGACACAAGGAAGGCUGGUCACUGGGUUUAGCAACGGCUCCAUCUCUUUGGUAGGCAACUUUACUGGCUAUAAUGAGAAAAUUAAAUCAGCCCUAAAACCAGGUUGUCUCAUAGUUCCGGAGGCCUGAAGUCUGAAACUAGCAGGGUUCGGAAGAUCCGUGCGGAUAUUCCUGGCCGACUCACAGGGCUUUCACCGGUUCACGGCCACCGAGCUGCAACACGAGGACAGGGUCCAGACGGCUGUGUUCGGUCCCAGGAACAACCUGAUCGUCACCGGGUCCCUCGACGCGCUCAUUCAGGUGUGGAGUCUGUCGGAACAGGGGACCCUGCUGCACAUCCUGGAAGGCGUGGGGGCCCCCGUGAGCCUGCUGGCCCGGGGCGGGGCCUUGGUGGCAUCUGCUUCCUGGCAGUCCUCCUCCUUCAAAGUCUGGGACCUUGCCAACGCCGGGAAACCCCUGGGAUCUGCCCCCUUUCUGGACCGCACGGGCCUCACUGCGGUGUCCCACAACGGGGGCUACGUCUACUUCCCCAAAACCGGGGACAAAAGCAAAGUCGCCAUCUGGGACUCGGCGGAAGGUGAGGAACAAGACGUCCUGGACACUUCCAGUGAGGUCAGGUGUCUGGAGGUCGCCGAGCAGCUCAAGCUCCUUUUCACUGGCCUUGUUUCGGGGACCGUCCUGGUGUUCCCCCUGAAUUCCAGGCAGGAUGUGAUGUGCAUCCCCCCUCCCGAGGCCCGGAAAGCCAUCAACUGCAUGGCCUUGAGCAAGGGGGAGGACCGCCUUGCCGUUGCCUACGACAACAUUGUCCUGGUCCUGGACGUCAGCCCCGGGGACCCCUGUCCGGUCGUCGACGGGCCAACGUACACCUUUUACACCCAGCUGCCCGAGACCAUCUCCAGCGUGGCCGUGCUGCGAGACUACCGCGUGGUCUACGGCAUGACUGCCGGCGGCCUCUUCCUCUACGAGUGCGCGCACGCCAAAGUGUCCCCCUUGGAGGCGCACAGGGGCCGGGUCACCUGCGCGGAGGUCAGCCACGGGGAGCAGCUGGCGGUCAGCGGGUCCGAGGAAGGCGUGCUGUGUCUCUGGGACCUGCAGGUGUGCAGGUGGAAAUUCGAGAUGAGCUACACGAGCUCUUACUGCAGAGGGGUCCAAUGCGCUUGCUUCUCCAAGGAUGACAAGUACGUGUUUGCAGGCUUAAAGGAUCGUUCCAUAAUUGUCUGGAGUGUGUCAGAUGGCACCCUGCUGGCUGUCCAGUUUGUCCAUGCUGUGGUAAACAGAAUCAUUCCAACCUCCAAUGGCUUCAUUGCCCCCACCAGACAUGGUUAUCUCAUCCGAGAGCGUUUCCAGUGCCCUUCAUCAAGAGCCUCGCAGCAAGACCCUCUCAAAAACUUCAAGAAGGCAGUGUGGAUGGUCAAAUCCAGGCAGAGAGAAGAGCUGGCUGCAGCUGCAGGAGCACCCCAGGAGUUGGGAUCAGAAAGUGCCCAGGGAAAUGAAUCCAAAUCAAACAAACGCUCACAAGUCUGCCUGAUUGUGUAGAAACCCUCUGUGGGGGCAUGGGGCUCCAAUGAGUUAGUCUCAUUUAAUCUGGUUGAAGCAAAGAGAAUGUAUUUCCUGGUGUAUACCUGGACCCAAGGCCUCAGAUUGUUUGACUCAGACAUCAUCUCUUCCCAUCUUUCUAUUCUUCUUUCCUCAUUGUUGGUUUUAGUCUCAGAUCUUCCACCCCCAGGUUAUCAACAUGGUGGCCAACAUGCUGCUUUCUCCAAGUUCAAUAGAAAAGAGGGCUUCCCUUUCCCACAGUUUGAACCAAAGUCCUGGCCUCAACUCUAUUGGUCCCAGUUGGUUCAUAAUCGGAACAAGUGAUUAUCUCUGGGAUCAUGUAGCACUCUGAUUGGCUGGAUGGAUCCAAUGCCCACCAAUGGGGCUGAGGUUGGAGAUGACACCACCCAGUCAUGUAGGCUGAGAAUGGAAGAGAAUAUUCUGGGAGGCAAACUGGGGCGCUGGUACCAGGUAAAGGGGGGAUGGAUGAGUGUGAGACAGACCAAACCACUGAUGAGGAUCAGUCUAUAGAGCACCUGGUGUCGUCAUCUGAUCGUCACCACAGCCCAUCCUUUGGGGAGGGCAGGAGUUUCCGCAUCCAUUUUACAGAUGCUGAAACGGAGCCUUGCAGAGGUAGCUGGGAUUUGCUCCGGGUCACAGGCCCAGGGUGCAAGAGCUCUAAGAGCCAGGAGCCUUUUGUCCCAAGCCUUGUUGGACCACCGUAUUCUAAUUUUAGUCUCGGAAGCAUGACUGUCUAUUCCACAGGUGGCACCCUCAAAUGCUCCCCGAGGCUAGUGAACCAUCUGGAGCCAUCUAUUUCCAUGCACCUAGGUGAGCAGCAGGAAGGGAUGGAGGCUCUGGACACAUGGAGGGCACAGGUCAUGUCUAGGGUGGGCACAGGCACCCUGACAGUAGCCCAGAAUCAAUGUGACAAAACAAGCUCAUUGUCAGAUCUUCCUGUUGUCAUAAGCAAAGCCAGAAAUGCAGACUUUCAGGCAAAAACAUUCCCAUGUUUUAAAGUGGGCAGUUGGCUCAAAUUUAUAUCUAUAGGUGUGUUUGGCCUUCGUGCCUUUGGUUUAGGAGCUGACUUCAUGAUCCAAGUUGGCAUUAAAACAAUAACCAUGUUAUAGUUCUCCCAUCCCUCUUCCCUGACUUCCAAACUUUCAGGACAAAGAUGCUUUUUUAAUCUUAAAAACUGGAAGCUCUUAGAAGUCGACAGAAAGAGCUGCUGACAUAUCUCUGCUUCACUUUUUAACCAUCUGCCUUGUGCAAGUUCAACAGUCGAACUGUUUUCAUUCCAUGUAAAUGGACCUUUUUUUUCUUUGCCCACGGCUUUCUAAAAUUCCCACUAGCUUCCGGGGCUUUUGCUAUAACGAUAGGAGAGUCCAAACCUUCAAGGUGCUGUUCCUUCUCCCCUUUGUGGAAUUCCAGACAGAGUUGCAGGAAAAGCACCCUUAGAAACAGAGGCUUUUGAGCUCAAUGAGACCCUACUGACUAGCUCAUUCAUUCGCUUCCCAAACCAGGGUUCCAAGGCGGGCUUUGGCAGUUCUGCUAACAUGAGCAUUAAAUUCCAUUAAAAAAUAUUUUAAACUGUAAUUUUAAAGUGCAUGCUCAGAUGCAUUGGAAGCUGGUAUUAAGGUGUUGGAGAUGACUUAUUUAGGAUUCUUCUGCCAUCUCCAUUUAAGAGGCCGCUUAGGUUGUGAAGAGAGCCCUUGAAUGAAAUACCUAAUUGGCUGGGUGUGGUGGCUCACACCUAUAAUCCCAACACUCUGGGAGGCUAAUGGAGGAGGAUUUCUUGAGGUCAG